CGCUUCUCGGUCCCUCUGUCUCGCUCUGUGUCUGUCUUUCUCCCUCACUCUCUCUCUCUCUCUCUCUCUCUCUCUCUCUUUGUUAUCUGUUUCCUACAAGGCCUCGUCAAUGGCGGACAAUGAGACGGAGCCGGAGAAGGUUCCCAGUAUGGACGGUCCAGACUCAUCUCGAAGCAACCCUUCGUAUCCUGAGAUGAUAAUGGCAGCUGUGAGAGCACUCGACGAGCCAAGCGGCUCGAGCAAGGCGGCGAUUUCAAAGUACAUGGCGAUGAACUACCCGAACGUUUCCUCGUCUAACUCGACUGUCCUGUUGCACCACCUCCGCCUGCUCAAGGAGGGCGGAUCUCUCGUCAUGGACAAGCACUGCUACAAGCUCCCGUCUGAGUCUCAGGGCUCCGAGCCUAACUCUGCCCCAGUGAAGCGAGGACGCGGGCGACCGCCUAAGCCCAAGAUCGGCGUUCCAACGACCGGCCUGCCCCGUCCGCGCGGCCGUCCGCCGAAGCCUAAGAUCGGAGUUCCGGCAGUGGGCCCCCCUCGGCCGCGGGGUCGCCCCCCGAAGCCGAAGGUCGGAGUUCCAGCGUCCGGCUCACCUCGCCCUCGAGGUCGUCCUCCGAAGCCUAAGAUUGGAGUUCCCGCCGCGGGCUCGCCUCGCCCUCGCGGUCGUCCGCCUAAGCCUAAGGUUGGAGUUCUCAGCCCAGUCGGCCCCCCUCGCUCACGAGGUCGGCCGCCGAAGAAGCCGAAGGUCGGAGUGGAAGCAACCGGCGCACCUCGGCCCCGAGGUCGGCCGCGGAAGCUCGGAGGCACCGCAUCGGUUCCUACUGGAGGCACUCCUCGUCCCCGUGGGAGACCCCCGAAGCCGAAGGACCCGACUAAGCCUUCCGUCUCUCCGUCGCCAAAGGGCUCGCGGCCCCGCGGCCGGCCGCCAAAGGCGAAACCGGCAGAAGUUCCAGCAGCAGUCGAAGUCCCUACUUCGCUUCCAGCUGCGAUCACGCCGGAGGUGCCGCUCGCUCAAUGAGCACCGCCGUCGGUCGGAAUUUCGUCUUUUCCUUUUUUUUUUUUCAUUUGCCAUUUUUCUUCAAUUUUUUUUCUUCCUUUUCUGUUGGUAAAUUGGUGGAGAACGAAAUGGGGAGUGAUGGCAUGUCUGUAAUUUACUUGUACACCGCAUCUUUAUCUGUCAUUUUACCGGAAACGACCCACGACGCUGUCCUUCCCAUA